AUGGCGCCUUCGCUUGGUGGCAGUGGUAACUCCGCUUCUCCCCAACCCGAAACCUCACGUACAGUCAUCUCCCAUCGGGAUGUAGAAACCUACUCCUCCGACGAAGAUGACAUCGCAACAGAUCUCGUUGCAGCCCCAGUCACUAACAGUACUGUCGUCCCCGGUGCCGUCCUUGGUUCCAAGACAGCGGUUAUGGAAGCUGCUGUUGAGGAGGAUUCUGAUGACGAUAGCAACGAGCCGGGUGCUGAUCUCGCCGCAGCCGCCGCGGCCGCUGUUGCUGAUCUGCCAGAGCAGCUAAUCGAGGGUGCGGUAGAGGCUCUAGGAGGCAAAUCAUUGGGGGUUGAUGUAGAUGUGGACAUGGACGUCAAUGUUGUCGCUGUUCCUGAGACACAGGAGUCAACGACUACCGCCGCCAGCACUACCAAGGGCAUACGCGGCAAAGGCAAGACUAAGUCAGCCUCCAACACUCCAGCACAGAAGAACUUCGCCGCAACCACCACUAAAGCAGCUCCCAAACCCAAAGCCGCCAACGCUGCAAAAGUGGAAUUCGCUGGCCAGACUGGUCCUGACACCUCGGUGGAUGUCAAUGGCGAAACUCAGUGGGAGAUCGAGCGCAUCGCUGGCGCAGAGAAUGAUGGCCAGACGCUGCUUGUCAAGUGGAAGGGCUGGAAGGGCUUCUGGGAAGAAGAUCGCGAUGACCUUGUUCAGAGCGUUCCCCGACUCGUCGAAGCUUUCGAGAAGAGUCAAAAGGAGGGCAAGAAGGCUGUUGCUGCUGCCGGUGGCGAGAAAGCCAAGAGAGGACCUACAGCUGGGAAGAGCAACGGCAGAGGCAAGGGUAAAGCUCAGAGCGUACUUGCGCCGAAGACUAAAGGAGCCAAGGUCGAGAAGAAGGCACCGGCUAAGCGCGGGCCACCUACGAAGAGAGGCCCGGUCGCGAAGAAGGCGACAAAGGCUGCCGCUGCCAAGUCCCCCAAAUCCCCCAAGAAGACCACCGCCGUCGCCGCCGCACCGACCCCUGCUACCACCGCGCCGAAGAGUUCGGCCAAGAAGCGAGGUCGUCCUGCAGCAGCAGCAGCAGCAGCAGCAAAAGCGACGGCGCCAAAGGGCACAGCAAAGACGGGCGCCGGUGUGAAGAAGUCAACUACUUUGCCGAAGAAGCCUGCCACGGCGGCGAAGAGAGGCAGGCCUAAAAAGACUGGAUGA